ACCUUGCCGCCAUUCUGUGCUCCUCUCUCUUCGCCGCCACUGGUUGUUCUUGCCCGUAGGGCAUCUUCCGCCACACUGUUCUCUUUCUUGCUUAUUUUAGUUUACUCGACUGCAAUUUUUUACAAUUUUAAAUUUUAGGUUAUGAAGUAUGAACAGCAAAACAAAAACCCUUCAGAUGCUAUUCUUUCACUCCAAAACAGCAGCGUUCUCCCUUCAACUACCCCUGAAACGUCCUUACCUUUACACCCAGAAGCAGAACUAUGUCGAUGUGUAUAUGAAGUGGAAAAAAGAUAGGUUCUUUGAUUCAAUUGAGCACAUCCACAGGUCCAUAGAGCUCAAGCGUAUAAUUUCACUCAAGAACUGCUUCACCGAAGAUCCGAAUGGGUGUAUUCCAAUUUCUGCUGUAUCCAAGAGAGGACUUGAGUUUGAUAUACCCAUUAAGGUUGCUAGGUUCUUGAGGCAAUACCCAUCCAUUUUUGAGGAGUUUACAGGUCCUGAGCACAAUUUGCCAUGGUUUAGGUUGACCCCAGAAGCUAUCGAAAUUGAUAGGGAAGAGAAGAGGGUAUAUGAGGAAUGUAGGGUGGAUUUGAGGGAAAGGUUGAAGAGGUUCAUUUUGAUGAGUAAAGGGAAAGUGUUGCCUUUGAAGAUUAUUCAGGGAAUGCAGUGGUAUUUGGGGCUUCCUGCAGGGUUUUUGCAAAAUCCCGAGGUGAAUCUUGAUGGUUCUUUCAGGGUUGUGGAAAUGGAAGAUGGGUUGAAGUGUUUGGCUGUUGAGGGUAAAGGAAUUGUAUUCUCUGUGAUACAAAGAAAUUCAUUGAAGAAAGGUGUGUAUUCUGGUUUAUCAAUGGAAGAGGCAAUACCCUUUCCUCUUUUCCCAUCAAAAGGCUUAAGGUUGAAGACGAAGAUUGAGAAUUGGUUAAAUGAGUUCCAAAAGCUUCCUUACGUUUCCCCUUACGAGGAUUAUUCCAAUUUGGAUCCCAACAGUGAUUUAGCAGAGAAACGGGUUGUGGGAUUUCUUCAUGAGUUACUCUGUCUGUUUGUGGAGCACUCGGCUGAGAGGAAGAGGCUUCUCUGCCUUAAGAAAUAUUUUGGAUUGCCCCAGAAAGUCCACAAGGCAUUUGAACGGCAUCCCCUUAUGUUUUAUUUGUCUAUGAAGAACAAGACCUGCACUGCCAUACUUAAGGAGGCUUAUUGUGACAAACUUAGUAUAGGUAGGCAUCCUUUACUGAGGGUGAGGAAGAAAUACAUUAGCUUGAUAAAGGAAUCAGAGGUUAUUUUGAAGAGUAGAAGGAUAAAUAAUCGAUCUGUGAAUCAAAUAACUGUGGGGAAGGAUUUAGAUUCGGAUUUUGAGUCAGAUUCUGUGAAUGAAGAAGGCAGAAUAGAGAUGGCUGAAUGUUCUUAGUUUGUCUCCAUAACACAAAAAGAGCUUGCCUUUUUCUCAGAAUCUGUGCUGAUGAAUUAAUGAUAGCACUCAAAGGCAGCCAAAGUUGGUACCUUGGCAUUCAUUUCAUCUUUAGAGGUACUUCUCUAAUUUAGCCCACAACAUUUAGCUGCAAUAGGAUAAAACUGCUUCGAAUUUCAGCCAGAACAUAGGAUUAUGCAUCUUUGUGGAGGCAAAACUCUUGACAGAAUUAAUAUAUUUCCCAAAGCUUUCCCUUAUAUAGUUAUGUAUCAAGGUCAUUUUCUCCUAAAAUUUAAGUCACUACAAAUUGGUCAAUCCGUAAUGCUAGGGCCACAGUUUCCUCUUUCUGAAAUUUCAGUUUAAUAGUGGAUAUCAAGUUCAUUGGUUUUCUGCUAACGCCAAACCCUAGUUGUAAGAACAAGCACUUUAUCAGAUGUCUAUGGCCUUAUGGGGAUGUUUUAUUUAUGAAAUGAUGUUCUUUCAAGAAUAAUGAUAAAAGUGUCGAAUUUUA